AUGGUUCAGGGCAACAAGGUCUACGUUGGCAACACAUUCGCGCGCGAUUUGGACCAGAACGAGAUUCAAGAGCUGAAGGAGUUUGAGAAGAAGCAGACUGUCUACCAGGAAUACGUCCAGAAGCAGAUUCAAGCGCAAGUGAGCAAUCUGUUCGGCGGUGCCGACUUCUUCUCAUCGUUCUUCAACGGCGGAUCUGAGAAAGGCUCUUCAACCACCACUGUGGCCCCAGUGCUUCCUGAAGAUGCACCAGAACAACCAGCUGUGCCCAACUUCUGCACAAGGAUCUAUUGA